AUGGGGGCUGACGACGAGGCGGGGGUUGCCCCCCAGCACAGCGCGCCGCAUGCAGCAGCAGCAGCAGCAACAGCAGCAGCAGCAGCAUCAACAGCAGCAGCAGGAGCAGCAGCAUCAAGUGGAACAGUGACAGCUAAAAAGCGCAGUCGAUGGGAUCAGCGGCCCCCAAACCUGCAGCAGCAGCAGCAGCCGCAACAGCAGCAGCAGCAGCAACAGCAGCAGCAGCAGCAGCACCCCACCAGUACAGCUUGUGGGGCAGCCCCAGAAGGAAGUGUUACAGAUAGAAGCAGCAGCAGCAGCUACAGCAGCAGCAGCAGCAGCAGCAGCAGCAGCAGAAGCAGCUAUGCUGAGUACAGGUCUGACGAUGCAGGGAGACGCGUUGCUGCUGGCAACGGCUCGAGCCAAAGCGGCCGCAGCCACGGCAGCAGCAGCAGCAGCAGCAGCAGCAGCAGCAGCAACAGGGGGGGAAGCAGCAGAAGCACUAGCAGCAGCAGAAGCACUAGCCAGGGGGCUAGGAGCAGCGGCUGGGACUGUCUAACCCCACGUGGCAGCAGCAGCAGCAGCAGCAGCAGCAGCAGCAGCCUCUGCAGCAGCAGCAGCAGCCGGUUCAGAAGGGGCUUUGAUGUGGGGCCUGAGGAGGCAGCAGCAAUUGAGGCCUCCCCCUAUCGUCCGCUGCACCAGCAGCAGCAGCAGCAGCAGCAGCAGCAGCAGCAGCAAGGGAGCAGCUACAGCCGCUCAAUCGACUCACACAGCAGCAGCAGGUGGAGGGAUCGAGGCAGCAGCAGCAGCAGAAGAAGGAGCCGCAGCAGCAGCAGAUGCCACCGCAGCAGCAGCAGGAGAAGCCGCAGCAGCAGCAGGGGUCGCCGUAGCCGCAGCAGGAGCCGCCGCAGCCGCAGCAGAAGCCGACGCAGCAGCAGCAGAGGUCGCAGCAGCAGCAGCAGCAGCAGCAGCAGCAGCUCAAGGGUGCGGUCUAGAGGCCGUUGGGAUGUGCGGGGGCCCUCAGCCAGCUCAGGGGGGUGGGGGGCCCCGAGCCGCUCUCCUCCUGCUGCAGCGGUCCGCAGCGCAGCAGCAGCAGCAGCAGCAGCAGCAGCAACAGCAGCAGUGCCAGCGGACUGCAGCACGAGGUCAUUAGAACCGACAGCAGCAGCAGCAGCAGUACCUGCUGCUGCUGCUGCUGCUGCUGCUGCUGAUUCUGCUUCGCACUGGCAGAGCCCGAGCUGGAGGCAGACAACCCCUCGGUCUCUGCUGCAGCAGCAGCAGCAAGAGCAGCACAGACCUCAGCUGCUGCAGCAGCAGCAGCUGCAGCCGCAACACAGAAUGCUGCACCACCAGCAGCUGCUGCAGCAGCAGCAGCAGCAACCAAUGCAGCCGCCGCCACCAGCCCAGCCAUAUGGUUGGCCGCGCAGCGGCCCUUCUCCUGCUGCUGCUGCUGCUGCUGCUGCUGCUGCUGCAGCUGCUGUUGCUGCUGGUGGCCCUACGGGUCUGGCUGCUGCAGGACUGGAAGUCCCAGCAUCAGCAUCAGCAGCAGCAGCUGCAGCAGCAGCAGCAGGAGCAGCAGGCGCAGCAGCAGGUGCAGCAGAAGACCCUGAGGAGACAGCACGUGUAUGGGGCGCAGCAGCAGCAGCAGACAUCAGAGCACUAGCAGAGAAAGCAGAUCUAUCGCUGCCUGCUGCUGACCCCGACAACCCCUGGGGAGACACACGAGAGGAGGAGCUGCAGCAGCUGCAGGCGUGGGGGCGUGCUGCUGUUGCUGCUGCAGUGCAGCGCGGCCUCAGUGGUGCUGCUGCAGCAGAAGCAGCACUCAAAGAAUAUAAAAAGGUUCUGCUGCAGCAAAGAGAAGCUCUUGCUGCAGCAGGCACACCCGUCACGGACAUGCACCUCUUCACAGACUCACCCAGCAGCAAACACCAGCAGCAGCAGCAGCAGCAGCAGCAGCAACAGCAGCAGCAGCAGCAGCAGCAGCAGCAGCAGCGAGACAGCCUCAUGCGUAGCCUGGGUAGAGACGGCGGCGUAAAGCCAAAGAAAAGAUCCGUCAGCCCCAGGAGAGAAGCAAAACCAGCAGCUGCUGCUGAAGCAGCUGCAGCAGCUGCAGCAGCUGCAGCAACUGCAGCAACUGCAGCAGCAGCACGAACAGGAGAGAAAGCAGCCAAGGCAGCAGCUAAGAAGCUGCUGGCAGCUGAGCGGCAACGAGAAGAAGCUUCUGCUGCUCCUGCUGCUGCUGCUGCUGCUGCUGCUCCAGAGGCUGCAGCAGCAGCAGCAGAUAUUGAGCAGCCGCGCAGCAGUUUCGCGGGGAAGGGAAAGGCGGGCAGCGGCGCUGCAGCAGCAACAACAGCAACAGCAGCAGCAACAGCAGCAACGGCAGCAACAGCAGCAGCGCAGCCAGCAGCUGAAGAAGAAGGAACGCUAAAGAGGGACCCUGCAGAUGCAGCAGCAGAUGCGGGAGAAGCAGCAGCAGCAGCAGAAACUGCAGCAGCAGCAGCAGCAGCAGUGCCAGAGGAAA